AGUUAAUACCUGAUCGAAAUGCCAUCUAUGGGGAAAUCGUUUGUGUGCAUAUCAUUCAUCCUGCUUCUGGGUGCCACCAUCCACUUUCAGGACUACUGGCACCCUCACUGCUCGAAGCCCUUUGUGAACAUCGGUGGACGAUGCUAUUUCUUCUCCUCCAACAAGGUCCCCACUUACGAGUACUACAAGGUCACCUUCAAGACUCGAGUUCUCAGUGUGCCCGUCGUAAUGGGUUGGCUUCAUGCGAACCUUGGCUGCGAGGCUAUUGAUGACAAGUCCCGGCUGGUAACUGUUCGAACGGUCGAGGAAAUGAAACAAAUUGCCUACUACUUGAAGUACAAGGCACACGCCGCAACCCAUGCGGUCUUCUGGUGCGGCGGACAUCGCGGACGCCUGUCCAAUCCGGACGAUGUUGAUCACAAAACACUUUACGACUUCUACUGGCACAAUGACGCCCUGCCCAUGAACUAUACCAACUUUGUGAAGAAGGAGCCACCAAAGAAACGCUUCGGCGAUGGCUACUGUGUCUAUAUGGAGUUUACGGGCACAGAACUGGUCAUGGGUGUGGAAAAGUGUGAUAAGAAGUUGGCCUUCGUCUGUGAGUGGGACCCAAAUUUACCCACACCACCCAAUCCAUUCGCACCGCAACGCGACACCACUCUGUAGAGUAUUGCACAAGUACAUAAUUUCAUGUAAUAUAUUGGCAAUUGGGACACUAAAAGCUGCCUAUCAUCUAAUCGCUCCCAAAAAAAUUUCUUCGUUAAGUAAAAAAACAUUUGAUCUUUGUCAUAGAUAUUGUUCGAAUAAAUUCCCAUAAAAUAAGGAAAUAUUUAUACAAAUACGUUUAUAAGAAACCUGAUUCAUCGUCUGGUAUUUAAGAAUGAUAGCGAAAUCUAAGGCAUCGUCCCAAGACUCCUUGUUGGAUUGAGUGCCCAGAAGUUUGUACUUAUCAUAGAGACUCUCAGGAAGUAUAAUUUUUGCUGUGAGAAUCCCCUUCGCCUUAAGUUAAUCCAUUCAUAUAUAUUUUUCAAAUAAACGAAUUGCAUUAAAAUGCUAAUAAA